CACAUCACUCGAAUCAGCUGUUGCUACUGUUGCAAUGACACAUUUCUCUGAAUUAUCUUUGUUCCCUAUAAAAACAUUUUUUUUUUGAAACCAGAAAUAUAAUUACUAACUCAAAAUUAUCAGAUAGUAUUUUUUAAUAUUCCUGGCAAUUAUUUAUACAAUGGAGACCAUUAAAGUCACUGUGAAGAUUUUACAAGGAAGCGAGUGCGUAGUUGAGAUUUCGCCUUCUGAGACUGUUCUCGAAUUGAAAAACAAAGUCAGUGAAUUAUUAGGUGUAGAAGUAUCUCAACAAAAACUUUUGCUAACAGGAAAGACGUUAGCAGAUGAAAAUCCAUUGAGUUUUUACCCUGGAAUCAAGGAUGGAAGUAAAUUGAAUUUAGUUGUGAAAAAGACUACACAAGGAUCUAGUGAAGACAAAGCACCAACGCAAGAAAAUGGAGCUGAAUUAUUGAGUGAUACAGCAUUGAAAAUAUUAAAACAUUAUUAUCGUACUGCUGAAUCAGAAGCCAUCGUUAAUGAAUUGAUAAAAGCUAUAAGAAGCAAAGUAAAUAAUCUUAGUUUUGAUGAUUUAGAACGAUUAGCUACGGCUUUAAUACAAGAUCAAGAAAAUUUAGCAUAAUAAUUACGUUUAUUACAAUGAUGAUUGUAUAAAAUCACCAAGACUUUUUCUAAUUUUACAAUUAAUAUAAUUUGAGUUAAUGUAAUCGAUGUUAGAUUUUUAUUUAAUCAUCAUCUCAUAUUUUAAUACCAUACAUCAAUAUUUCCAUGAAUUUAAAUUAAAAAUAGAUAUUACAAAAUAUUUAAAAAUUAUAAUGAAUUUUUAUUAAAAUCUUUACGAUUAAAUAUUUACCAAUGAAUGAUAUUUUUUAUAAUUUUUGUUUUUUUUUUCAAUUUACUGUGUAUGUGCUUUUCAUUUAUACAUGAUUAAGUAUCAGCUAAAUCUAGUUGUUUGAAAUAUCUUGCUACUAAGCAGAUAAAUAAAUUCAUCGUCGACACUUGUGUGUCAUCUUCUGAUGUCUGAAAAUCAUUAAACGUCAAUUAAUGGAAUAUAAUAAAUGAAAAUUCCAAGAAAGUA